UUGUUCUAAAACCAUGGAUUAUCGUCCUUUAGAUAUCACGGUGAUCUCAGCCAAUGGAUUGAACAAUUUCUGGUUUUUCUUUAGGAUGAGAGUGUAUGUUGUUGUUUCUUUGAUAAAUGGAAAAUCAACCGUCGAAAAGAAGACACACUCUAGCCGUGGGCGCAACCCAAAAUGGAACCAUAGGGUCAAGUUUCCGGUUGAGGAGUCAGCUAUAAAUACCAGCACCCUUCUUUUUGUCCUUAGGCAAAACCGGUUCUGGGGUGACAAAGACAUUGGUGAGGUGUCAAUACCGGUUCGUGAGCUUCUUGAGGCAAAUGGAUCCUCAGAACAUGUAGUGGACUACCAGGUUCAGUCUGUGAGAGGAAAAUCCGUUGGCACCUUUACAUUUUCUCACCAAUUCAAAGAAAAAGUUUAUCCUGCUCGAGAUAAUGCAAGAACAUCGGGUAGUUCUCAUCCUCCAGGGACGUCGUCAUACAUGACUAAUCAACAACAAGGGGUACCAGCUUACCCCCAGGGGCCGUACUCUCAAGCCCCAGGAUAUGUAAACUAUCCACCAGGUGGAGGCGCAUAUGGUGUUGGGUGGUACCCACCACCACCCACGACGCCACCUAAUGGGUAUGCAUAUCCCCCCCAACACGUGGGUUAUAAUCAACAAGUGCACCAACAACCAAAAUGA